UUUCCAUUAUGAAUUUUGUGUUACAUCAUAAGUUAGUAAAUGUAUUUACUAACAACAAUAAUGUUUUGUUAAUAUAAGAUCUAUAUGAAACACUGAAUGUAUAUAUAUAUACACACGCCAGUCUUUUUCUACAUCAGGCAUAUUGGUGUUGUAUAGACUUAACAUGGCUGACUGUUAGUGGGGCUGAUAUUCUGUAUUCUUUCUUUCUUCUUCUGUGUGAGGGGAAAUAGUCUGAGUGAAACUGGAAUAAGCAUCACCCAUCUCACACACACACACAUUCGUAUACUUACACACUCACUAAACAUCACACAGCUACAGAGGAAGACUUGAGAGGGAACUGCUGGUUCCCACUGACUCACCACCAACACUAUUCCAUCAACAUGAAGCCAUUGUCACACCAUAGCAGCAGUGACACAAACAACCAUUAACAACAGAACAUUGGGACCAAGUCACAGUUUAUACAACAAAGGAUUUUACUCAAUAAAUGUGUGGUUUACAUUUUUGUUUUCUAUAGAAGUCCUUCUUCAUCCAAAUGGCAGAUAUGUUUGUAGCAAUUUGCAUACUUCUCUCUUGUAUGCAUUGUAGUCUGUGUAAAGACAUUACCUUUCAUGUAAAGGAGGAGAAUGUUCCUUACUAUUUCAUAGGUGACAUUGCUACUGAAACUCUUGUCACCAAAACUCUUUUAACUGACGAUGCCAGUCUCUUCACAUUUAAUCAACUUAAACAGAAAGGAACUCAACUGUUUAAUGUAACAAAAGAAGGAAAAUUGUACACAGCUCAAACUUUGGAUGCCGAAGUUUUGUGUCGAUAUAACACUGAAUGUUACAGAACUGUGAAAGUUGCUAUCCAUAAACAUAAAACAUUUAUGAAGAUCUUAAAGAUUAAAGUCAUAAUAGAAGACACCAAUGACCACCAACCUGAGUUUCCUCAGAAAGAAAUCACUCUACAUUUUAGGGAAGCAGAUGGUAAAGGUAUGAAGAAGGCUAUACCUAAUGCUGUUGAUAAAGAUGUUGGAUAUCAGAACAGGCUGAUUAAUUAUAAAUUGAGAAAUAAUUCUGUGAAAUUUGUGCUGUCUGUUUCUAAAAGAGUGGAUGGAAUAUCCAGAUUGGAAAUUGUUUUGAAUGAAAAAUUAGACAGAGAGCAAAAAGAUAUCUAUCAUGUUCAGGUAUCAGCUACAGAUGGGGGAUCCCCACCUAAAGAAUGUGUCUUAAAGAUAACAAUAAUAGUAGAAGAUGAGAAUGAUAAUUUACCUCUUUUCUCAAAUGACCUCUACAAUAUUUCUAUUCAGAAUACUUAUCAAAUAUACAAACCGAUAUUAACUCCUUCUGCAAAUGAUAAGGAUAGUGGUAAAAAUGGGAUGAUUUCUUAUUAUUUUAGUCCAAUGACUUCUGAUAUUGACAAAACAUACUUUGGCCUGAAUAAAACAACUGGAGAUAUAUUUCUAAUUGAUGAAAUUGAUAUUGAUGAAGAGAGGAUUAUGUAUACACUUUAUAUAGAAGCCAGGGAUGGAGGUUUUCCACCCCUGAGUUCCAUAGCAGCUGUCCAUGUAAAUGUUAUCAACGAACACAACAAACCCCCAAAUAUUGAUGUGAACUUUAUUUCUACACAGAAUCACAACACAGCCACCAUUCUGGAAGACAUCAAAGUUGGUAGUUUCAUUGCUUAUGUGAUGGUCACGGACAAUGAUGUUGGACACAAUGGAGAGGUGAACUGUCAUAUCAAAGACGACACAUUCAAACUACAGUCAAUGGGAUUGAAGGAAUAUAAAAUAGUUCUAAAGAAAGCAGUAGACAGAGAGACACAGGAACAUUAUCACUUUACUGUGUCGUGUGAAGAUAAAGGAUUACCUGCUCUGAAAACUGAUAAAGAUCUGUCAAUCCAAGUGUUGGAUGUGAAUGAUGUAGAACCACACUUUACGAAAGACACAUUCAAGUUCCUUACCUAUGAGAAUGACAAAGCUAAUUUCCCUAUUGGCUUUAUCAAUGCUACAGACCCAGAUAUUGGUAAGGGAGGUGAAUUGUCUUAUUCUCUGAGAAAUAAACAGCAAUAUCGUCUGCCAUUCCAGAUUAUCAACUCUGGCUUUAUUUCAACAAACCAGUCUUUAGACAGAGAACACAGAGAUUUCUAUGAGUUUGAGGUUUUUGUGAAAGACAAUGGAAGCCCAUCUCUGAAUAACACAGUGAAUGUUGAAGUGGAAGUAUUGGAUAGAAAUGAUAAUGCUCCAUAUUUUACAUUUCCUAGUGUUGACCAUUUCACUCUUAAUGUCCACUAUCAUCCGCAAAGUAAGAACGACAUCACAGUUCUGAAAGCAUCUGAUAUAGACAGUCACAUGAAUGCUUUUCUCAGGUAUGAAAUCGUUUCAGGUAACGAGAGACAGUUAUUUAAACUGGAUUCGUUCACUGGUGUGUUAUCUUACUCUCGCACAGUUUACCAAAAUGAUGCCGGAUCAUAUGAGCUUGAGUUUGUUGUGAAAGACAGUGGUACUCCAGUUCUGUCAGCAACAACUAGUGUGUCUUUGACACUGACUGUUAGUAACAAGACGUCACCAAUGUUCACAGCUGUGCACCUACCAAGUGAUAACACCAUAGAUGCGACAUUGUUGAUUAUCAUUGUAGUAGCAGCUGUGAUAGUAUCUAUAGCUAUUGUGGUUUCUAUAACCCUGUGUAUUGUGAGAUGUAACAAUGUGAGAAAUAGCUCAUCUGAAAGAACAGCAGAAGAGAAACAGGCAUACCAAUGUCGCAAUGAGAUGAGACAGUUGAUCUAUCAAGGUAACAACAGUGUACCUGUGAUGUCAGGCAAUCGAGGAGAGAUGUCAGACAGAUACGGUCAUUCGAGGAGCCAUUAUUAUCCUGAAGACUGGAAGACAUCAACAAUGAGUCGGACACUUCAGAAGUCUACAAAGAAAUACAGUCAACCCAUUGAGGUGACAUCUUAUGGAGACAACAGACCGUCUUCUAACUAUCCCACCGACACAUUGACCAGUCGUAAGAGCAGUGGACAGUGCUGGAGUGAGCGGUCAAGUAGACAGUAUGAAGAAAUACCAGCAAUGUCAGGUAAGAGACUUUGUAAUUUCUUCUUUUCAUAUAAGUGGUAUUACUAA